AUGGCUGGAAAGACUGUGAGGGAAGGGGAGCGACCGGGCGGAUUGAGUUUUGGAAAUGUGGGGGUGUUAAGGGCUGAACUAGAUGUUUUGCGUGGUGGUGAGGAAGUCGUGAGGGGUGGAAGAGGCCGGGGAAGGGACGGAAAAGGGAGUGUGAGAGGUGGAAGAGGGGGAGUAAGGGGUGGAAGCGGGAGGAGGAAGCAUGGGGGAGAGGAGAGGGAGGGGCGGAGAGGAGGGAAGGUGGGGGUGGGAGGGUUGAGCCCCGAAGAACUUGGACUGGCCAAGAUGAGAGGGGUGGAAGAGUGGUUGAGUCACUGCUCGGUUCUGAGGGGUUGGGAGAGGUGUGAGGAGGCCGGAGAGGAAGAGGGAGGAGAGGGAGGGGUGGGAGGCGAAGGGGAGGGAUCAGGCGAGAGGAAGGAGGGGAAGCAGAAGGGGGGAACUGGACAGAUGAUUGAGAAGAUGGUGAUUUUCGCACACCACCACGUGGUGAUGGACGCCCUACAGGCUGCUGUCUACCGCAUUGCUGCUGCCAGCAUUCUGCGGGGCGGGGAUGCGGAGGAGGGGAAAGCUGAGGCCGGAGGGAGUGAGGAGGGGGCGGAGGCUGAGGAGGUGGAGGGGAGUGCGAUGGCAGAGGGAGAGGAAGAGGAAGGAGUGGUCGAGAUUGGAGGUGGGGAUGCGGGGAGCAGGGGAAGGAGGUACGGCGACCCUGCCGAGCCUGCGUGCUGUACCAAGUCUGCCGAACCUUCCAAGCAUGCCAAAGCUGCUAUGCAGUUCGAGUUGGUUCGGGUGGACGGCACCACGCCUCCUCUGGAGCGGGCCGAGGCUGUCAAGCGGUUCGCCACUGAACCUCAGGUCCGGGUGGCCAUAGUGGGCGUGACGGCGGGCGGCGUGGGCUUGGACUUUAGUGCGGCGCAGACGAUUGUGUUUGCGGAGAUCCCAAGGGCGGCAGCAGAUCUGCUGCAGGCAGAGGACAGGGCGCACAGGCGGGGGCAGAGGUUCCCUGUCAACGUGGUGGUGUUCUGUGCUAAGGUGAGUGAUACUUUUGCUUCCUGCCUCAAGGUAGUGAGUGGCAUAUCGGUGGUUUGUUGCUACGCAGAGGACAGGGCGCACAGGCGGGGGCAGAGGUUCCCUGUGAACGUGGUGGUGUUCUGUGCUAAGGACUCUCGGGAUGAGACGGCGUGGCAGAGGCUGUGUCGGAGUGCAGAGCGCGUGUCUGCUGCUGUGGAUGGGGGGAAACGGCAGGAGGGAGGGUUGAUAGUAGACAGUGUUGUUGACGGGUCUGCUGUGAAACGAGGGAGGACGGAGAGAGGGGUGGGGGGAGUGGGUAGGCAGGAGGGGCGACUGUUAGUGGAUAGCUUUGCUGACGUGGCUGCUGUGGAUGGGGGGAAGCAGCAGGAGAGAGGGUUGAUAGUAGACAGUGUUGUUGACGGAUCUGCUGUGAAACGAAAAAGGACGGAGAAGGGGACGGAAAGAGACGAACCAGGAGAGAGAAGCAAGAGGGAGGAGGAUAGGGAAGCAGAGGAGGGCAUGGGUGGUAAGGAGAGCAAGGAAGCAAAUGUCAAGUUGAACAGGCCACCAGGGGAAGACAUGUGCGGCUAUUAUCGUGGCACCACUUGUGUUGAUAGCGGUGGGCAAGUGGGAUACAGCGGAGACCAAGUCACCGGUCAAAUGGAACGGAACUAUGCACAGGGAGAUCUGACGCAGUCAAAUCACUGUUGUGCAGACUCCAGGGGGGGCAGGGUGGAGGAGGAAGAGGAGGCGGAGGAGGAGGCAGAUGGACCGGAAUGGGCGCAGAUUAAACCAGAUGACCUGCGAUUCGAGCUCGUGGAUUCAGAGGAUCGCAUGCCGCCAAUCCUGCGGCGACACGUGGCGCUUCGAGAGGCCGCCAGGUCAUUCGUCAGCGAGUGGGGGGCGCUGAAGCCGCAGCACCGGAGGAAGCUGCUUGGAAGGAUCCUGGCGCUUCCUGUGGCGGAGGAGCUGGAGCGAGUGCUGUUCCCCCUUCCCUUCAGUGACGUCAUGGGCAUGGCAGGGACGUGUGGCAGCAAGAAGAGGUGGGCAACGAGAGGGGAUAUACUCGCUGGUGCUAGAGAGGGAAAGGGAGUGGGUGGUGGAAGCACAGGUGGGUCAGGAGGAACAGCCGGAGGGCCAUCAGCGGAUGGAGGAGGAAGAGGAGUGGUGGUGGAGAGGGAAAUGAGGGCGGUGAGGGUGCAUGGGCGGGGCACUCACAUGCGAACAGAGUGGCAGCUGUGGGGCCUACUGGCUGCUGGUGCUGCUGGUGAUGGGGCAGAGGAAGGGGAAGGGGUAAGAAUGGAGACUGGAGAAGCAGCAGCUGCAGGGGCAGGGGCAGGGGCAGGGGCAGAGGCAGGGGCAGAGGCAGAGGCAGGGGCAGGGGCAGAGGCAGGGGCAGAGGCAGAGGCAGGGGCAGGGGCAGAGGCAGGGGCAGAGGCAGAGGCAGGGGCAGGGGCAGAGGCAGGGGCAGAGGCAGAGGCAGGGGCAGGGGCAGAGGCAGGGGCAGAGGCAGGGGCAGAGGCAGAGGCAGAGGCAGAGGCAGAGGCAGGGGCAGAGGCAGGGGCAGAGGCAGGGGCAGAGGCAGGGGCAGAGGCAGAGGCAGGGGCAGAGGCAGGGGCAGAGGCAGGGGCAGAGGCAGGGGCAGGGGCAGGGGCAGAGGAAGCAGAAGCAGGUCGUGCAAGCAUUGACCACUUGCAAACUGCCACUUCUGGUCCAGAUCGGCCCAUGCAGCAAGGGCGCCAACAGUGCCACGCCAUCUCUUCUGCUCCGACUCCUGCUUUUCCACCUACCGCCUACCUCCGCCUCACCCUCCCCUCUCUCCCUUCCCAUGUGAAUGUGCCUCUCACCAGGACUCAAGCAGCCAGAGCACCCACGGUAAGAUGUCCCCUCUGCUUCUCUCCCUUGCAUUUGGUUUUUCAAAAGUCGCCAUCGUCCCCCCCUCCUCUUACCUCUCUUUCGUCCCCCCCCCUCCCUUACCUCACUUUCGUGCACGUCCCUCAAUCUCGGCCAGUCUCUCGUCUCUCUUCCUCCCCAAGCCAUUGGGUUCUGUCUUUCCUCCUCUGCACUGUCACUCCCGCCACGGCUUUGCCUCCUGCUGACUGCUCUGGUCUCUCCCAUUCGCUCCCCCCCUCCCCUGUCCCACCACCUCAGGAGCUGUUUUCCCUCGAGCGUGGUGUGUGUGUGACAUGCAAUCUGGACUGCCACGCUCUCAUCUCGGCCAUCAGGGUGCUGCCCCCUGCUGAUCGCCGUCGGGUGAUCCUGCACUGGGCGCCCCACUUUGCCAAGUACCCCAAGCUGCUGCAGCGACUGGUGGACCUACCCACGGAGGGCAACGCAUGGCACGCAGACCAUAAAGUGGCCGUGGUGGAGGGGGGCGGCGAGUGCGGAGUGGAGAAUCUGCGCACGCUCUGUGUGGCGUGCCACCUGUCGCACACUAACUUCCAAAAGCGCCAGUGGGCUGAGGAGAGGCGGAGAGCGAGGGCUGCUUUGGCUGUAUUGGAGGCUAAGAAGAGGGGAGAGGAGGGAGGAGGGGAGAGUGGAGAGGGAGGGGAAGGGGGUGGGAAGAAGGGAGGUGGGAAGAAACGGGGUGAGAAGAAGACUGGUGGUGGUUUGGGUGUGGGCAAGGGGGGUGUGAAAGGGAGGAAGAGGAGGAGAGAGGAGGAGGAGGGUGAGGGGGAUGGAGAGGGAGGGAAGCCAGUACAGGAGAGAGGAAGGAGGUGCAUCGAAGGAAGGAGGAAUCAGGGAGAGGGAGGUGCAGGGAUGAUAGGUGAUGGUGGGGUGAGGAAGGAAGGACGGGAGAGGGAAGAAGAAGGGCUCGCAGGUGGUGACAGGUUCAAAGGCGAAGGUUGGGAGAUGGAAGAGGAGGCCCAGAGGGAGCAGGAAGGGAGCAGGAAGGUGGCAGCAGAGUGUGUCAAACCAGGAGGAGGGUUGACGGUUUUCGACUUCUUUAAGCGAGUGGAAGGUGGUGGUGACUUGAGAGGUGCUGACAGGCUGAGAAGACGUGUAGAUUCAGGAAAGUCAAGCGAGGCAAGAAAGUCAAGAGAGUCAAUAAGACAGUUGAAAUGUUCAAGAGGGCGAGAAGGAGGAAGUACAGGUGAAGGAUUGGGAGGACGUGAGGGAUCAAGGCUGGAGAGACAGUCAGGAGUGAUAGGUGGAGGGGCUGUUGCGGGACACGGUGGCACUGGGGCGGCAGAAUGCAGCAGUGGGGCGGCAAGUGGGGCGGCAGGAGGCAGCAGUGGGGCGGCAGGGGGGGAGGCUACAGCGGCAGGAAGCGAUGCUGCAGGGGUAAGCUUGCGUCCGCCCAGGGAAACUCUGGGUCUGCUGAGCGAGGAUGCGGAGAUGGAUGCCUUGCGGUGGCUCUUCCGACCAGUCGUUAAUGCUGAUGCUCAAGAGGGGGAGGACGGUGAGGAGAGCGAGGACGCUGGAGGCAAGGGAAAUUUGGGAAGCAAGUUAGCUUUAGGAAGCAGCGGAGGUUUGAGAAAGGAAGGAUCGGUAAGUGUCAGACUGGGUGAGGAGUGGAGGGCAGUGGGAAAGGAAGUGAGGCUUGGGGAGGACGUGGAUGAUCACGUGGCAGAUGUGGCAGAUGAUGUGGCACAUAUGGCAGACGUGGCAGAGGAUAAGGAGGAGGAGAGAGACACUGCUGCACAGAAGGAGAUCAACAGAGGGGGUGCUGGUGCUCUCACAGGCGCACACGAGGAGAUGAGAGGAGGAGGAGGAGCAGGAGAAGGAGACAAGAAGCAGCAGUAG